AUGUCUGUUAUCGUCACUUAUGGGAAAAGGAGAAAUAAGAAUAUCUUAAGAACUCUGGGAUCGCGUCGCCAGAAUAACACAGUAAACCAUUCACCAUCCGAUCAGUUAAUUUCGGAACCAAGCAACAAAGAUCCUACCAAGCGUGCAUCACGAAAAACAGCAAUGCCCGAUCCACAAACUAUAGAAGAAAUGGCAAGCUGGCUGCUGGACGAUUCCACCCUGGGAAGCCAGGAGAAUGCCGAGGAGGACUAUUCACCCAACAAGCGCCGAGCCACUACACCAAGCAUCUCACUCUCUAAUAAUUGCCCAGCAAUUUCGCCUUUAGACCUUCCUUCUCCGAUUAAAACACCGCCCAAGCAAUGCGACAAGUACCCUCAGAGCACACGAGUAAGCAGAUUUUCUCCCAGGAAAAGCCCUGGAAGAGUUCCCAGACGGUCUGCCACAACUCGCAUUCGUAGAGAUAAGUCGCAAAGGCGGACAAGUGCAAACCUGCAACGACAUCUUGGUCCUACCAGAACACUAUCUCUUGACCCUUUCAAGUUUCAUCCUGCGAACAACUGCAAAGACUCAGCAUCUGUGCCACUCGCUGCUGUCGACAAGAACGUCAGAAACCCUGUCACAGAGAAACCCAACAUCCCCAACAUUCAUGAAGAGUGUGCUGGUGGUGAAGAAAUCAACGGGAAACUUGUCGCCAUGCUAGCAGCAACCGAUUCUCUCAAGCCAUCACCACAGCGUGCUAACUCAUCAAGUUCAAGGUUUACCCGUAUGAUGCCAACCAAAGUGCUUACCAAAGUAUCAAACGCUUGGGAUCGGUUUCACCCAAAGCCCCCGGCCCACGAAAAGAAGCUGAAGCCACCGUUUGGUGAUGGAGAAGGUGAAGAACUAGCCUGGCAAACAUUUGCUCCAUCGUGUCCUCCGAUUGAAGGCAUGUCCCCGAUUAGUGCCAUUGAGCUCCGUCUGAAUGAAGGAGACAACCUCAACAAACGCAAAGUUCAGCGAAUUGUAGGCGGGAGGGUAAACAGGAAGCCCUUGGCUGACGAUGGAAAGUCUCUGAGGAACGGAAAGCUCACUGAGGAUCCGUUCGCCGAGCGUGGUGGUUGGCGCAAGCCAACUACUUUUGAGACUCGGUUGAAGACGGGCGCAAGCGAUAGCGAAAGAGGAACCCUGCCUUUGCCGCGCAACCCGUUCGAAACCGAGAAGGGAUUUGACAACAACAUUGAAGAUAGGUUCUUGAACAGUACGCCAGUUGGAUCUUCGACACCUCGGAUUCGAGUUGAGCAAGCAUCUACCUCGAUCAGCGAGUCCAGCUCUACGACCAGCACCUUGAGCCUCUCACAGAAGCGACUCAGUGUGAACAUGAACGAUCCUCCACUAGAAUUCGACAAGGAGAUGCUGGGUUCAAGCAGUCGCUCCCAUAUGCUGGCAGAACCUGGCCAUGGGUCAUGGGUUGACUCAAUUACACAAGCCCGACAAGCUUGGGAGAGGGCGGCUGGCGAACUCAAUGCUUUUGAUUCUAACAGGAUGAAGAAGCACCCGUCUCCCAGCAAGGAAACCCUGGAAAAGCUGGAGAUAGAAUUCCGACAUUUCACUGAUGUUCAGGUUACGGCGACUGUCAAACAUGGUGCGGAUGAACUAUCAGCAAACUUCAUAGCACCCAGCCCAUCCUCAAUAACAUGUGAGAGAAAGAGGGUGAGUUUGGCUCGAUUGUCAGUCACACACAUAGACGAGCUUUCGGUGCCGCUUUACGAUGGUGUACAACACCGCCGGGGUUCAUCAACUUCGAUGAUUCAGUUGCUGCGAGGUCCCUGUACGAUACAGGAUCGUACCAAACUUCAUAAGGACAUACGCUUGGCCGUGCCUUAUCGACCAACGGGAGUUUCUCCUUCCGAUACGGACGAGCUACAUUGA